AUGAGAAAAGAACGCGGGGUUCUUGUUUAUCGUCUACUCACAACAGCGAAGAUUCCAUUGAGUGUCAUAUCUUCAGAUGAAGUUUAUACACUUAUCCACGCAUUAUUAACAUUAAGAACUGCCGUUGCCUAUACGCUACAUAAUAUUUUAGCGCAUCUUGAUGAAUCUAGCAGUGGACAAUCUUCCGAUAAGACAACAUCAACUAUUGACAAGCCAAGAAGGAAGAAAAAGAAAUA